AUGGAGUUUGAGUAUAAUGACGAYCCUGAUMUUAAURUGAAUUUGAACGUUGAACCCYAGUAUCUUUUGCUUCGAGAAUAUGAGGAACAAGUUUCUUUCGAGGCAACCGUGGGCUCAAACACUAGUUCUAGUAUUUACUUGGAUGAAGUUGAAAUGCUAAGUAGCAGAACAGGUUGCAAGGAAAUAGAAGGUGGCAUUGAAUUGCCAAGCAAAAACUAUUCAGCAGCCAAUUGCACUUUUAAUGGACACUUAUGUGGAUGGAGAAUUCUUCAGAAUAAGAUGGCCGGUGAUGGACUGCUAUGGACGAUUGGAGGGAAAAUGGUCUUCAAUAAUUUCAACAACGAAUCAAAGGGAUAUGAAAGCAGCUAUGUAUACACCAAUAUGUUAAGUAACCCAGCCUUGGCAGACAAUCGAAGUCUAUCAAGCAAUUGUAGUUUACAAAACAAUGGAAGCUUGGUAGGGAAUGGAACUUUAGCAAAAGAAGGUUUGGUGAGGAAUGGAAGCUUGACAGACAAUGAAAUCCCAGCAUGCAACGAAAGCUUCGCGAUCAACGAAAACCUGACCAGAAACAAUGAAAGAAAGAAAGCAUACCUUAUUAGUCCUCAAUUGAAGUCCCCACAUUGCAUGAACUUAACAUAUCAAAUCUAUGGAAACGAUAGUUCCCUUGAGGCUGUAAUGCUCAGGCAAGGGAGRUCACCAGUCUUCUAUAAAGCAUGGAAGCAAAUUGGUCGUACGAACAAAAUUAGCUCCAUAAGAAUAAAUUUAUACUAUGGUGGCCCAUAUCAGGUGCUGAUUAUUGGCAAGCCGUCUCUGCAUUUUGAGAAGGACAUACUUUUAUACAAUGUAACAUUCCUAAAAGAGAUUUGCACAGAUGAUCGAAUUUCUUCGUAUGGUAAUGUCGACAACAUUUUUUUCCUGCUAGAAUAG